AUGGGUCGUGCUUCGCGCUCCGAGAGUUCUAGGGCCAGGGAGGCCGCCGCUGCUCAGAAUAGGCGUGAGGAGCGGUUGGCAAGUAACAGCGCUGCCAGUGGCUCUGCUGACGGGGGAGAUGCGACAGGGGAGGAUACCGAAUCGGCAUGGGUUCUUCCGGAUGGGAUUCCUGUUGACGAGGCGGGAGGGCGGAUGACCGUUGCCAAUGUCAACAGGAUAAAGCGGAUGUUUCGGUUGCCUGGCGUGGUUAAACUGCGUCCACCGACGGUGGAUGAAAAGGCUUCAAUUCUUCGCCCGGGGUUUGCCGCUGUGCAUGAGGCAAUAUUCCGCCAGGGAGUGACACUACCGCUCGUGCCCAGUCUUCAGAUCUUGGUGUGCGAGUUCGGCCUAGCCUUUGGGCAAGUCUGCCCCAACAUGUGGCGAUUGAUGUUGGCGAUGACUUCGCUGUGGCGGUUGUCCGGCUGUGAGGGACCAACCGUGGCGGAGGUGCUGCAUUUCUAUGAGCUGACGUAUGUGAAGCGUCAGGGCUGCGAAGGUCAAGUGAACCUAAGUCGCCGCCAGGGAGCCCCCAAGUUGAUAGAGAACCUGAGGGAUUCUAUGUCGUAUUGGCGGGACACCUUUUGCGUUGCCACGACGGGGUGGGAAUAUCAGGCGGAAUCCAAUGACGGGGAACCGGCGUUUAGGAUUAAGUCAGAGUUCCAACCUAUCCGAGUGGGCUUGCGCUACAACCUGACUCGUGAAGAAGAGUGUCGUGUGGCGUGCAUCCAAGGUUGCUGGCGGAAUCGCAAUUUGUUGGACUUUCGCCUACUUACCGGUUGGGAGCUGUUGGUCGAUCAACGAUUGACUCGCGCCGUUGGUAAGAAAUCUCCGCUACCUUGUACACUUAGUUAAUUUGGCCCUGCGGUUGACUGAGUUGCUUUC